AUGGGGGACUGGAACUUGUUGGGCAGCAUCCUUGAAGAAGUGCACAUCCACUCCACCAUAGUUGGCAAAAUCUGGCUCACGAUCCUGUUCAUAUUCCGGAUGCUGGUGCUGGGAGUGGCUGCUGAAGAUGUCUGGGAUGAUGAGCAGUCCGAGUUCAUCUGCAACACAGAGCAACCAGGCUGCAACAACAUCUGUUACGACAAAGCCUUCCCCAUCUCUUUGAUCAGAUACUGGGUACUGCAGAUCAUAUUUGUCUCCUCCCCAUCCUUGGUGUACAUGGGCCAUGCGCUCUACAGGUUGAGGGCGCUGGAGAAAGAGCGGCAGAACAGGAAAGCGCAGCUGCGGGCCCAGCUCGAGGACCUGGAGCCCAUGCUCGAGGAGCACAGGAGGGUGGAGAGGGAACUGCGUAAGCUGGAGGAACAGAAAAAAGUGCAUAAGGCACCCCUGAGAGGGUCCCUGCUGCGCACCUAUGUCCUGCAUAUCCUGACCCGGUCGGUGGUCGAAGUGGGCUUUAUGAUAGGUCAGUAUCUUUUAUACGGGUUUCACAUGUCUCCCCUUUACAAAUGCACUCGGCCCCCUUGCCCUAACACGGUGGAUUGUUUUGUGUCCCGACCCACAGAGAAGACCAUCUUUAUGGUUUUCAUGAACAGCAUCGCCGCCGUCUCCCUCUUCCUUAACAUCCUGGAAAUCGCCCACCUGGGCAUCAAGAAGAUCCAGAAGAGCCUGUGCGGGCAGGCGCAGUGGCCGGCGGGCCCCUGCGAGGAGGAUCCCAGCCUGUACAACUCCAAGAAGAGCUCGGUGGUGCCUCCGCCGCCCUGCCUGCACCAGCCGCCCUCCUCCAGCAGCGAGGAGGCUCCGCGGGCCGCCCCGGCGAGCGGAGAGGGGGCGGCGGGGGCGGCCGCGUCCCGCCGGGCACCCCGCAGGCACAGCCGGGCGAGCGCCUGCCGGGAUCUGGACGAGCAGCGCGGCGACUCCCCGGACAGCGGGCACUGCCCGGGCACCCGCAAGUCCAGCUUCCUCUCCCGCGUGUUCACCGGGAGCCGGGCGGGCAGCGACAGCGAGAGCACCGCGUCCCACGGCGGCUCCGGCCUCGGGCUCGGCCCCGGCUCCGGCUCCGGCUCCGGCUCGGAGGGGAAGCGCCGUGAGGAGGGCGCGCCCAGCCCGCCGCCCGCCGCCUCGGGACGCCGCGUGUCCAUGGCAAGUAACGCCCGGGACAGCCCUUGGGAGGGGGGCGGCGGGGGGCCCCGGCACCCUGUGCCGGCCCUGGGGAGGAGGGAGCGAGCCAGGGCGCAGAGCGGCCCGGGCAGCGCUGCCAGCACCGCCCCAGCGCCCCGCGGCCUGCCGGACACUGCCAAGCUCCCGAAUGCUCAGCCUCCUCCUGCGGUGAAGGCAGCAACGCCGGGGAAUUACUGA